UCUUCAUAAUUUGUUUCUCCUUCUCACCACGUACAGAAACUUCUUGGAUGACAAGAUAAACUAAGCCCUUAGCAUCACAAUGUGUUCACAUCAAUUGGUCGCCUCGUUCCAAUAUUGCUCACCAAUGCCCACUCUACAACACACUGCAAGCUGAUUCCCCAGCUAAUGGAAGUGGACAACGUCGCCUUCCUGGAGCCUCGACUCUCUUGGGUAGCUUCAUACAACGACCAAUGGACAAUGAUGCUAACUCCGUAUCCUUUUCAAAUACUUAUAUAAGUCCCUGUCCCGUCUGGUCUUAUCCCAGAUAGCACUCAGUGACCAAACAACAUCCUCUACUACUACAAGACAAUCAGACCUCAUUCAACCUACAACCAAAACAAGUCCACCCACACACACAACCAAAAUGGCAAUCUGGCUCCAAGGCCCCGGCUCCGGCGCCAUCGCCGACCCGGCCCUCAAAAUCCGCCCGGACAGAGGCGGCGCCAUCGUGCAGCCAUCAAGACCCGAUGCAAAGCAGGGUGCCGUGCACUUCAUCCUCCCCGCUCCACCACGCGAGAACCCCAACAUAACCUCCGUCGCCGUUGACUUUGAAACCGAUAAGGCAUACGUCGACGCCGUGGCUAUUCGCUUCGCCAAUAUGGAGGCAUUCCGCGAACGGUUCCCCGGUCCCAAGACUUCGUCCUUUGCCGUUAAAGUGCCUCCGGGAGAGGCGGAGUAUAAUGGGCGGGGUGUUGUUGUUACUGUUUAUGUGAAGUUUAGGGAAUUCAGGGCUGUCGUUGAUUUUGAUCAGGUGAGAAUUGCGGUUGAGUAGGAAGUUUUUGUGGAUUGGGAUUGGGAUUUCGGUUAUUGAUUUCGUUCUUGUGUAUUAUGUAUGGUUUAUUGGUUUGAAGGGUGUCGCUCCCUGUCGGGAUGGGGAAUGUUGUUUAGAUUAUUGCUUUGGUUCUGUAUUUUGUGUUAAAUUACCUGCUGUGGAGAUUUUGAUCUAUGUCUGACUGAAUUGAUGUGCUGUGCAUUUCAUACGGUUGAAGAGAGACAAUAUUAAUUAGCCC